UAUGGGCAUCGCAUGGGUAUCCUGAGAAAGCAUUCGCCUUAUAUGGUGGUGUUCCAGUCAAAGGACCACAUUGUCAUGAAGGGGGAUUGCGCCUGAUUUUACAUGCGCUUGCCAUGUCUGCCGCCAAAUACGGGCUUGCCAUUGAGCCUUUACUCUCUCUCUCAAUUGAUUUUUAUGCACGUGUCUUUGUCCGAGUCCAUCGGUCUCCCGCGCAGGUCAAAUUUGUUUCAGGAAACAUGAUGACGGUGUUCAACUGCGAUGAGGGCUGCGGAGCAUGGAAAACACAGCCUUUGACGCACACAAAGCAAAAACUCGAUAAACAGGGAAAGCCCUUCACUCAUUUCGGCUUUGCUCAGGGACCAACUUCGGAUUCUCGCUGCGAACAUUGCGGUUCAAAGAUGCAUGUAGGGGGACCGUUAUGGGCUGGACCGCUCCACAACCCACAAUACAUCCAGAAUAUCCUUAAUAUGCUGCCGAAACUGGACCAAAAUAUCUAUCACACUGUCGACAGAAUUGAGGGUAUGCUAACAACGGCCCUCGAGGAAGAUUUGAACCUUGACAUCGGCGUCGCCAGCAUAUCGCAGAAACCCACCGAUGCACCAGCAGUAAGUGCCGAAAAUGCUGCCAUUGUUCCACGGGUCGACCCCGCUUUAAGGGACAAACAUCCUUUCUAUUUCAGCUUGAGUGCGAUAUCGAAGGUUCUUCGUACUGCUACCAUCUCCAUUGAUGCGAUGCGAGGUGCUCUUCGACAUUUGGGCUAUCAAGCGACUCGUACCCACGCGAAGCCAAACACAAUUCGCACUGAUGCCUCUUGGGAUGUGAUCUGGGAAAUUAUGCGGGAGUGGGUCAGACAAAAGUCACCGAUCAAAGAGGGCGCUCUCAAACCCGGCAGUCCUGGGGCUGUGAUCAUGUUGAAGGGUCGGCAGGGUCCCGAAGUGGACAACGACAAUAAGCAAUUGCUAGAUCUACUGAAGAAGGAGCUUCAGUCAAUAUUGGAGCAAGGGGACAACAUCACGGAUGUGGUGAGCAGACUCGAAACUGCUUUGGAUCGAUCAAGGGCCCGUCAGGCUUCAGGGACAAAGUCGGCAUGCGAUACACAGGUCAACGGCCAACAUGACUCAAGAACGUCUCCGGCUGGCCCGGGCCCAUUGUCCCGGGUCCAAGCCACUCAUAGACCUCACCCUAGCACCUUGGAAGUGGUUUUCGAUGAAGCAUUAGGGAAGGAAUCAUCGUCUAGGAAACGGCUUGUUCGAUAUCAGCUCAAUCCUCGUGAAAAUUGGGGUCCCUUGAGUAGGGCGUCUGGUAGCGGAUAGGUCACCUGCAUCGGUUGGGUCCUUUAUCCUACAUAGUCAAUAAGCAGUACGUCAGACAAAGAGCGAG